GUUUCGUGUGCCGACGUGACAAUAAGAGUAACACCCUCAUACCCUCGAGCCGAGAUUUUAUCCGCUGAGCAGGGGUUCAGUGCAAGGGUGACAAUUUCAGUGACAAUUUUCUAUUUUAUUUUUAAGAAAAAUUAUCAACUGUGUCACGUUAGUUUUUAUUUUAUGUAACUAUUAUUUGAUCGACUGUUUACCCCGGAAAAUUCACCCCGCGCGCGCACGCCGGGUUUUAUUAAACUCGCCGCCGGUUUCCGCUCACUCGUCCGCAGGCUCUCACGCGGAGCACUAGAUUUUGUAAUACUACAGACGAUACAUUCAAUUAUUUACUCUUUUUUACAAGUAAUUAUUAUUGAUACGAAUUUUUAUUUAUUAUUUUAUUAUUAGUAGUCACUUUUUUAAUUAAGACGGAAUUUGUGGUUGCAGACACCUUGACGGAGGAGAUCUUGUUACUUAAGGAUGGUGUGGGAGAAUACCGGGCGCUAUCGGCCCGGACUUAUUCUGUGGCUUUUUAUAAUCCUAAUUCACUGCACUUAUUCUGCCCCGGUAUACGAUGAGGAUACUACGCAAGUUGCAGAAUAUGAAAGUACAGGGUGUUACUACAACUUCCAAUACUACGACGAAGGAGAGAGGAUAAUGACAAACGAGCCAUGUCUGAAUUGUACAUGUCACAAUCGAAUGCUGAUGUGCUAUCUGCGAGUCUGCCCAUUCACAAAAGCAAUUGGCCAGGAUUGCAAAGUUGAAAAGCGACCAGACCAAUGUUGCCCGAUGAUAACCUGCCCAGAAGUGCCAGUACACUUGCUAACAUCGACAACCAGUGCACCUACAUCGGAAAUCGAUCAGCAAACCUCGACGGAGCUUGGAUUCCCCGACAACUAUGGUUGUACUGUCGACAAUAAAUUUUACGCAGACGGUGUCCAAAUGCCCGGUAAUCCUAAUAAUCCUUGCGAGUUAUGCUACUGCAUCCGGAAUCGUACGACCUGUCUCAUGCAGGAAUGCACGCUUAAAGUCGUAGGCUGCAAACCUGUUUAUCAUCCAGGAAUAUGUUGUCCAGUCAAAUACAAUUGUGACUACGAAGACAACUUGCUGACAACGACCCAGCCAACUGGACUGAUUAUGACAACGACUCCAUCUCCAAGUCUCGACUCACCACAGUGUUAUCACGAGGGCAAAUAUUACCAAGACGGACAGCUGAUUUACUCAAAACAACCUUGCCAACACUGCUACUGCUUCCAUCGUGAUAUUGCGUGUGUUGUUCAGGAUUGCGGUACUCCGAUGAAGACGCACGGAAAGAAUUGCACCGCUUUGCCACCACCAGAAGGCCAAUGUUGCCCGACCACGUACGAAUGCGAAGACGAGCCAGCAACGCAAGACCAACAGACCGGACUGGAUGAGAACGCGAUACUUCCCACGCAAGCUACCUUACCAGUGGAUGAUCAGCAGACGCAAGAAGUAGAAGGAUUCCCAGGAGCUAACAACGCGAUCCCGCAAGAUGAUAAGGUCACCGAGGUGACGGAUGAUAAUUUAUCAACAGUAAUGGAAUCUACGGAGACUACCUUACCGGAAAGCAAUGAAGUACCUAAAGAAACUUCAGGAGUCACGCAUGCGGAUCAAGUUACGGAAGCUACCGAAAAACCAGAUGUUGUAAGUUCUACUGAUAAACCGAUGACUGGAGUUCCUGCUCGCAGCGAAGAUCAGAUCCCGACUGAAGCUCAUAAGCCGCAAACUACUGUAUCGCCUGCGGAAAUUACUACUACGCCUGAGGAUAAGACCGUAGAGGACAAACCUGAAGUGGUUACUAAGGUUGGGGAAGAUAAUGAGAUUCCUAUAGUUGACACCAAGCCGGAGGACAGUUCAGAAGCUACGAAGGUAACGGAGGAAGCAACGACGGAGGGUUUGAAGGUUACUGAGGAUACAAAAGCUGAAGAAAAGCCUGGACAGCAGACAGAAUCACCAGCUUUCAGCCCAGCAGUUUUGGAUGAAGAGAUUCCGACCCAGGGACCACCUGGAAUUGAUGUGUCAACUAGAAGACCAGUUACGAAGGCUGAAGACAAGGACGCUGUGACGGAAGGUUACUUGCAGAUGACUGAAGGUCCAAGUGUUGAAGGUUUGGGCACUGAGUCUGAUAGCCAGGUCACGGAAAAGCCGGCGGUGACUGAGAAGAGUGACGAGCAAGGAAUGGAAGUGACGGAAAGCUCGGAGAAGAAACCAGAAAGUGGAAAACCUGAGGAAGAAGCGACUACUGUUGGGUCUAUGGAAGAUAAACCUGAAGAAGAAGCACCCACGAAGGGUUUAGAGGUCAGUGGGGAGCAGAGUUCAGAAGAAACAAGCUCGGAAAUGCCGACUAAGGAAGAAAAACCGGUUGAUUCUUCUGAGGAAGAAGAGAACAGCUCAGAGGUGUCUAUGGAGGAGUUUACAACUUCUAAGCCAGCUGAAACCAGUUCCAGUUUGCCGGAAGGCGAGGUUACGGAAAAAACUGAGGAGCAAGCUACUGAAAAACCGGAAAGUCCAGUUGAGAGUCAGACCCAAGCUUCUGAGGAACCCAGUGAGCAGGCUACGGAGUCACCGGUUUUGGUAGGUGAUGGAGAGAAGCCAGAGGGUGAUGGAUCUACUGCUGCUCCGAUGCCGGAAGAUAAGCCAGAAGAAAUUGAGACCCCGACUACUGAGAGGCCGGAGGAGGAGAAGGAGAAAGAAGAGAAACCAGUUGGUGAAGAGGAAGGAUUGAAACCAACGGAACAGUCGAUUGAGGGUGAUAAAGAUGAACAGAAGACUGAGGGACCGAUUGUAGGAGAGCCUAUGGUGACGGAAGCUCCAAAGAAUGAGGAUCAAGUCACUGAGAGUGAUCAGGUUACUGAAAAACCGACGGAAGGUGACCAGGAGACUGAGGCUCCGGUGGAGCAUGGAACUACUGAGGCUACUUCUGAUGAGAAGACUGAAGAACCUGAGAUGAAACCUUCAGAAGCUCCAGAAGAGUCUACCACUCCAGUGGUUGAAACGUCUAGUCCCCAGGAAGAAUCAGUUACGCCUUUGGAAGCGUCUAGUGAAGGUACUGUAAAACCGGAGGGUUCUGAGGCGACGGAGAAAUCGGAAGUUGAGAUGAAACCUACAGAGGCUUCUGUAACGGAAAAGGCUGCUGAAGAAACUGAUCAAGAAGCUACUCCAGUUUCUGUUACUGAAAAACAAUCAGGUGAUGAUGAGAAAGAACCUGGAACUUCAGUCAAGCCUGAAGAACCUACUGAAGGAAGCACUCAACCUUCGGUGAUAACCUCGGAAACUGCUACUGAAUCAGUUGGACCUACAUCUUCAGAAUCUACGGUAACUGAAGCUUCAGCGUCGUCGGAAGCUUCUAUAACUGAUGCUCCUGAAUCAGCAACAAAGGCAACUGAAACUGGUGAAGAACCAGCAGUGACGGAAGCACCUGAAAGUGAAGAACCAGCAGCUACAAAAGAACCUGAAAGUGAAGAACCAGCAGUGACGGAAGCAUCUGAAAGUGAAGAACCAGCAGCUACAAAAGAACCUGAAAGUGAGGAACCAGCAGUGACGGAAGCAUCUGAAGGUGAAGAGUCUCCAGCGACCAAAGCUCCUGAAUCUGUUGAGGAACCAGCGGCAACUAGCACUCCUGAAGCUGCAGAGGAACCAUCGGCUACUAAAGCUCCUGAAUCUGGAGAGGAACUAUCAGCUAGUACAUCUCCUGAGUCUGUAGAGGAACCAUCAGCUACUGAAGCUCCUGAAUCAGAAAAAGAACCAUCAGCUACUGAAGCGCCUGAAUCAGAAAAAGAACCAUCAAUCACUAAAUCUCCUGAAACUAAAGAGAAACCAUCGGGUACUGAAGUUCCUGAAGCUGAAAAGGAACCUUCAGCUACUAAAGCUCCUGAAUCUGUAGAGGAACCAUCAGCUACUGAAUCUCCUCAACCUGAAAACGAACCUUCAGUUACUACAUCUCCUGAAUCUGUAGAGGAACCAUCAGCGACUACAGCUCCCGAAUCUGCAGAAGAACCAUCGGCCACUGAAUCUCCUGAAGCUGAAGAAGAACCAUCAGCUACUACAGCUCCUGAAGCUGCGGAAGAACCUUCAGCAACUCAAGCUCCUGAAUCUGUAGAGGAACCAUCAGCUACCACAGCUCCUGAAUCUGCAGAGGAACCAUUAACUACUAAAGUUCCUGAAACUGCAGAAACUAUUACCAAAGAACCAGAAUCAGCUGAACCUACCGCAACCAAAGCUCCCGAAUCUGUAGAAGAACCAUCAAGCACUCAAACUCCUGAAUCUAUAGAGGAACCUGCGAUCACAAAGUCUUCUGAAUCAGUUGAAGAACCAGCAGUGACAACAGCUCCAGAAUAUUCUGAGCCAGAAACAACUAAAGCUCCUGAAUCAGCAGAACCUGGAACAGAAGUUCCAUCAAUACCUGAAGAUGAAAAACCUUCUGAAGAACCUGAAAGUUCUGAGUCACCCGCUCCCGAAACUGUAACUGAAUCAGCUCAAGAACCAACGGAAUCAAGUGAGGAACCUGCACCAGUUGACAAGACUCAAGAAGAGCCUAUUCCAGUAACCGUCCAAGUACCCGAGGAAAAACCAACAGACGCUUCACCUCCUGAAAAAGAAGCAACCCAAGAACCAACAGACGCUUCAUCUCCUGAAAAAGAAGCAACUCAAGGACCAACAGAAGCUUCAUCUCCUGAAAAAGAAGCAACUCAAGGAUCAACGGAAGCUUCAUUGCCUGAAAAAGAAGCGACUCAAGGACCAACGGAAGCUUCAUCGACUGAAACUAGUCCAGAAAGCGAAUCCACUGAAACGCCAGAAAAAACUACCCAAGAUUCAGGACCUGCAGGAAUUCCCGGCGAAGGAAGUUGUCUUGUUGACGGUCAAACGUUUACCAACAACUCAGCAAUCCCACCAGUAAACCCUUGCCAAUUGAGCUGCAAGUGCUUUAGCAGUAUUGUUCAGUGUGAAUCAGUCCAGUGUUCACCUCCUCCUAGCCACAUGACCAACUGCAUGCCAGUCCAUUCUCCGGAGAACACUUGCUGCCCAAUGUACUCUUGCACCAAUGACGCUUCUACAGAAACCCUCCAGGUGGACAACCAGAUGUCUGAAGACCACACUCCAGUUUACCAAAAACCAGACUCUGAAUCUUCCACAAGUGCUCCUGAAAGAAUAAAACCAGAAGAAGCUACUCCAGCUACAGAGGGAUCUACGACUCAAGCAACUACUGAUAGCGAGACUGUUGUUGUCACUGCCGACGAAGCGGAGCCUCCUAAAGAAAUUCCUGAACCUGCGAAGCCAGUUGAACCCAGCGAAGAAACACCAGUUCUGGUGAAGGAAAGUUCUGCUACUCCAGCACCAAAGGCUGAGACGACUGCCACUAUUGACACUCGUGUCAAGGAAGAAGAAGCAACCAAGGCUCCGGUGGAAGAAGUAACCUCAGCUGCGACGGAAAAAGAAGAAACCGUAACGUCUACUCCGACUCAAGCGCCAGAGGAACCAACUAAGGGCACUCAAUCCGAAGAUUCGGCUCCGACUCAAGCUACGACUCAUGAGGAACCAUCUUCAGAGGCUCCAGAGGAACAAACUGAAGCUACUCACGCUGAAGAGGCUACACCCAAGCCAAUAGAAGAAACUACUCCUGCUCAAGAAUUCAGUCCGAUCACUAAAGAGUCAACGGAAGCUCCUCAAGAGGUUACGCAGACACCUGCUGCUCAUGAGACGGAAGAAGCUUCGACGGAGGCUCCAAACGAAAUUUCAAAUGAAGUUCCAAGUGUAGAAUCGACCACUGCUGGUGAAGCAGCUUCAGAGAAAACAACAAUCGCUCCUGAAACGCCUGCGGAAAAGGAGACUGAAGCUCCAAAAGAAGUCACCGAAGCUCCAAUUCAUGAAGAAACAAUGGCUCCAUCGGCUGAAACUGAGAAACCAGGGGAUGAAAGUACAGUAGGAGUUGAAACCAAGGAACCAGAAAGCACUGAUGAAGCUGCAACAGCCUCUCCAGCAAUUACAGAAAACCAGUCGACUGAAGCUAGUCCAGGAGACAAACCAACAGAAUCGACUUCAAGUGAAACUUCUGCUCCAGCAGAGGCUACUGAGGCUCCAGAAAUCAAAAUACAGGAUCAAACUUCACCGUCAGUGAACGCAGAAAUUACUGCGGUACCGUCAGCUGAGCCUGAGGAUGAACACAAAGAUUCAACGGCUGAAGAAGUGCCAUCUACUGUUUCGGAAGAAACUCAAACGGAAAAAUCGUCUACAGAAGCUGCUCAAACUGAAGCGCCAUCGCAAGAGACGCCUACUGGAGUCAAGGAAACUUCUGAGGCUACAGAAAGUUCAGUUGAAGUUUCAACAGAAUUGCCUAAGGCUUCUACUGAAGAAAAGCUGGAUGUAACUUCACCGGAAUCUGUUGAGACGACGAAAGCGGAGGAAGAAGUUACUAUGGGCUCAACUGAGAAACCAAGGGAUGAAAGUACAGUAGGAGUUGAAACCAAGGAACCAGAAAGUACUGAUGAAGCUACAACGGCCUCUCCAGUUAUUCCAGAAAGCCAGUCAACGGAAACUAGUCCAGAAGAAAAACCAACAGAAUCUGCUCCAAGUGAAACUUCUGCUCCAGCAGAGGCUACUGAGGCUCCAGAAAUCAAAAUACAAGAUCAAACUUCACCGUCAGUGAACGCAGAAACUACUACGUUGCCUUCAGCUGAGCCUGAGGAUGAACACAAAGAUUCGACGGUUGAAGAAGUGCCAUCUACUGUUUCAGAAGAAACUCAAACGGAAAAAUCGUCGACAGAAGCUACUCAAACUGAAGCGCCAUCGCAAGAGACGCCGACUGAAGGUGUCAAAGAAACUUCUGAGGCUACGGAAAGUUCAAUUGAAGCUUCAACAGAAUUGCCCAAGGCUUCUACUGAGGAAACGUUGGAAGUAACGUCACCGGAGUCUGUUGACACGACGAAAGCUGCAGAAGAAGUUUCUGUAGGGUCGAGUGAGAAACCUGCCGACGAAGCGACUCCAACUGAGAAACCUGAAGAUACUACUGCGGCUGCAGAAGCUACGACGGCAAAGAGUGAAGAGAAACCAGAGGUUGACCAACAGGUUCCAGUUAUUGUGACAUCAGAGCAACCUGAAGAAGAAAAGAAACCUGAGGAUGAAAAGAAACCUGAAGAAGAAACAAAGCCUGAAGAAGAAGCAAAACCAGAGAGUACUUCUGAGGAGUCUUUAGACAAACCUGAGGAAGCAGUAACUGAAACUUCAACUGAAUCGGCUCCAGGAGUUACUGAAGGUUUGAUAAUACCUGUAGCGAUAAACAAAACCGCAAUUCCAGAACCUGAAGAAGCGAAACCAACUGAUGCUUCUGAUACGGAGGGUGAAGUUACGAUAGACACCAAGAUUGGUGCAGAGACUACUGAACCUGAGAAAGAAGUCACGCAAGUUAUGGAUCAAACUACGGUGUCUUCGAAGGAAGAAGAGAAGGAAGUUACGAGUGAUUCAUCACCAACUGCUCCUGCUGUAACGGAAGCUCCGGUUGAAGAGUCUACUGAAGCUCCUAAAGAAGAGAAACCUGAAGAACCUAAGCCUGAAGAAGAGAAACCUAUUGAAAGCAUGACUCAAGAACCUGAAAGUCCAGUAGAAGCUACUUCGACGACAUCUGUCAGCCAGGAAACUGAAGCUACAUCAACUCCGUUGGAAGCUUCUUCUGAAGCUCCUGAAACGAGUGAGACGCCGGAAAAGACUCCGGAAGACAAGGUAGAGUCGACAACACUUUCUAGUCCUGAAGAAACUCCUGUAGAUGACGGCAAGUUGGAUGAACCUGAAAACAAGCCCGAAGAACCUGAAGCUAAGCCAGAAGCUGAGUCUAAGCCUGAAGAAGAAACAUCUGCCGAACCUGAGACCAAGCCUGAAGAUGAGAAACCUACAGAAAAACCUGAAGAUGACAAACCAUUGGAACCUGAAGCUAAACCUGAAGAGCCUGUGGUUAAGCCUGAAGAACAACCGACAGAACUUCCUGAGGUAAAGCCUAGUGAACCUGAGAUUAAGCCUGAGGAUGUGACACCUACGGAAGAAACAGAUGAUAAACGAGUAGGACCUGAAAGUAAACCUGAAGAAGACAAGCCUGCAGAACCUGAGGUUAAGCCUGAAGGUGAUAAAACUACGGAACAACCUGAAGCUAAACCUGAAGAGAAACCUUCAGAGGAACCAAAACCUGAAGAAUUGCCUGAAAGCAAACCAGAAGAACAAAUUCCUGUAGAAACUAAACCAGAAGAACCAACUGCAGAAGAAGGUAAACCAAAAGAACAGGUUCCAGUAGAACCUAAACCAGAAGAACAAAUUCCAGUUGAAGCUAAGCCAGAGGAACCAACAAAAGAAACGAAACCAGAAGAACCAGCGGAAGAAACUAAACCAGAAGAACAAGUUCCAGUAGAACCUAAACCAGAGAAACAAAUUCCAGUUGAGGCUAAGCCAGAGGAACCAACGGAAGAAACGAAACCAGAGGAACCAACGGAAGAAACUAAGCCAGAAGAACAAGUUCCAGUAGAACCUAAACCAGAGGAACAAAUUCCAGUUGAAGCUAAACCAGAAGAACCAUCAACGGAAACUCAACCAGAGGAACAGGUUCCAGUUCAAGCUAAACCAGAAGAACCAUCGACGGAAACUAAACCAGAGGAACAAGUUCCAGUAGAAGCCAAACCAGAAGAAAAAAUUCCAGUUGAGACUAAACCAGAAGAACCAACGGAGGAACCUAAACCAGAGGAACAAAUUCCGGUUGAAGCUAAACCAGAAGAAAAAAUUCCAGUUGAGACUAAACCAGAAGAACCAACGGAGGAACCUAAACCAGAGGAACAAAUUCCGGUUGAAGCUAAACCAGAGGAACAAAUUCCAAUAGAACCUAAACCAGAAGAACAAAUUCCAGUAGAACCUAAACCAGAAGAACAAAUACCAACAGACCAACAACAGGAACAGAAACCAGACACGAUUGACCAAAUACCAACCGGACAAGAAGAAGAAAUUCCUCAGCAACCCAUACCAAACCCGACCUACCUCCCAGGUUCUCAAGAACAAGAACAAGAACCAAUGGGCCCCAUCGAACACGACGUCCUCCAGCAACACGUCCCAGAACCAAGUUCUUCAACCCCAGAACCAGAUCACUCCAGUUCACUAGCGCCCCCAACUUCCGACUACCCCGAACAGACCGUGACCGGUGAAGACAACCCCCACUUCCCAGUGAACGCAGGCAGCUACCUGAAUCCCGACGAAGAAGACUACGACGAAGAUGACCAAGCAGUCUACGGACCAGGAACCUGUCGCUACGGCGGCAAGGUCUACGUUUCAGCUCAACAGAUUCCUCGGGACGAUCCUUGCGACUUCUGCUUCUGCUUCCGCAGCGACAUAAUCUGUCUUCAGCAGAGCUGUCCUCCGCCUAUUCCUGGGUGCCACGAGGAACCGAUCAGCGGAUUCUGUUGUCCCAGGUACGAAUGCCACGUAUCCAUGGCGACUUCGCUGAACAUAACGACGACCACCACGACGACAACGACAACCUUGCCACCUCACUUCCUGUCGCAUCCUUACAAAGGCGCGGCCAAGAGAAGUGGAUGUCUUAUUGACAAAAAGGCGUAUCGUGUUGGCGAAACGAUCCAAUCGGCUUCUGGGCCUUGCCUCAAAUGCACUUGCGGAAGCGAUGGAAACAUGGAAUGUAAUCCUCAAACAUGCACUCCAGAGCCAAUGAUCAGAAGAAUGAUCGCAACUUCCACUGCCAAGAGACGACGAAGAUGAGCACCUUCGGAUAGUUGGCUUAAUUAUUAAACCUAUCCGCUAUUAUUAAAACUAAUGAUUAAUAAUAUUAAUAAUGAUAAUGAUAAUUGAAUAUGAUUGAGAGGAAGAUAUCGUGUGUGAAUUGAGUGUUGUAUAAAAGUGAAUCCGAAACGAAAUGAAUAAUUCUCAAUAUCACAGUAUCGUCGCGAUGUGGGAUACAGACUAUUGUGCUCCAUCCGACGGUAUCGUUAACUGAGUGGCCAAAAUGUAAACAUUUACUAUACAUUAGUAUAAUAUACGUAUUGAUAAUUUAUAUUAUUAAUAUUGUAAUAUUAACGAUAUACACGAGAAACAAAUACAGCGAUUGGGAGAAGUUCGUGGUGCCAAAACGACGAUAAAUAAUAAUGGCAAUAUUUUUUAAAUUUUUUUACGAUCAUAGAAGGCUAAUUAUAGGUUAACGAUUGUGCCUUCUUAUCGCCAAUGUUUUUUGAAUUAAAAAAAAAUUUUUUUACUUAAAAUUAUUCUAAAAAGUAACGAUUGAUUUAAUCUAAAAAUUGUGAUAAAAUAUCAUUGAAAAUAACGAUUUUUGUAAUUAUUUUAUAACUAAUUUAAUCCGUCGACAAAAUGGCGGUACUUAUUCUCCAGGCAGUUAAUGGCCUGGUUGGCGCGUAAAUUCAAAUUUUUUUUUUUAAUUAUUCAAUUGGAUUGUUAUUUUAUUAUUGGUUCGAUAUCGGGCCACGGUAGGCGCUAGUUUGCUAUUUUGUUUUUUUAUGCCUUGAGAGUCUUACAUUAUUUUUUUUUUAAUUAUUACUUACUCAUUAACAAUAACACUACUUAAUUUGUCUUAAUUAUUUUAAUUAAUUAAUUAAUUAAUCAUUUAUAAGUUUUUGUAAGACUUUUGAAGUUGGGAACUGAUUUAACUAGCGCAUACCGUGGCUCUAAAAAACAUUCCAAAGCAUUAGCUAAAUGAAUUUUAAAAAUAUAAAUAUUAAAUAAAUAAAUAUGCGCGCGACAAAGCUCAAAUUGCGGCUCGCACGGAGGACCGAACAAUGAUUCGCUUCUCCGGCGAGCUGGCGUCAUUAUAAAUAAUUAAUUAAUAAAUAUAUAUAAAUAUAUAUAUAUAUAUAUAAAUAUAUAAAUAAAUAAUAAUAAAUCUUUAUAUACUAGCAUAAAAAUAUAUAAAUAUUUAUUGUUUAUAUAUUUUCAUGGGUGUAUAUAAAUAUAAAUAUAAAAAUAAUUAUAUACAUUUUUACAAUUCUUUAUACCAUUGUAAUCUCAAUUAGAAUUAAGGAACAACGUAUACCUGUACGAGAUUAAUUGUGAGAAUAAACUUAACAUUUUAUUUCAAUUAUUUUGCCCACUUACUAUAAAUAUAUAUAAAACAAAGUUUAUCUCACAAUAUUGUAAUACAUCUAGACCUUAAAUGUAACAAUUGCUCAGUCGAGUAAUAAAAACUUGUUUUUUUUUUA